AUGACUAUCCAUAGACCGGGUGAUACACUGCCGACACUAACAGAGCUUCUGAAUGAGAAUAAAGACGUUAAUAUAGAGCUGUCGAGGCAUACGAUAUAUUGUAUGGACAACGAGUCGUUUAGAUUUCUGUGUGCUAUUCAUAAUGGUAUUAAAUUUGAGCAAGAUGAUAAACAUAAUUUUUCGGUCUCAUGGGACAAGUCGGUGGCCGAAACAAAUCGACUGUUCGAACACAUCGACGGCUUAAAGCCGCACAAAACCCGGGAUAGUUUAUCGCUGAAUGACGCGCGCAAGGUUAUUUUGAAUUUGACAAAACCAUUGGCUGACAUUAGCAAGAACGUUCAGACAAAUAUAGCCAUCAUUAACGACAAAAUGAUUGAAAUUACGAGCUCUAAGGAAGCUCAAAAAGGGUUACUUGACAAAUUGUACGUGCCAAUUAAUGAUUUGAUGCCGGUGGGAUUAAACUACCCGCGUACAGUUUGCACCUCAAGCACAUGUGUCAAGUAUCAUAAAAUACCGGAAACCAAUGCUUCGAAAAUCGAUUAUAUCACUCACUGUCAUAAGCAUUGUGGUUUGACCGGGGUCAAACCUGAAACCUAUCCAAAUCCAGAGCUCCAACACUGUGCGGCAAUGGAUGCUAAUUAUAAUUGCGAGGUUUGUCGAUGUUCCUGGGACAAACAUAUGCACAUUACUUAUGAAAAUAAGCUAGUACCAAAAAACGUGAUCAAUCAAACGACACGGGAUUUGAUAAACUCGAAGAAAAGCGAUGAGGAGAAAGUGAAAGUGUUUAUCGAGGAGUUGGACAAUAAGGUGAAGGCAUUGAAACAGGAAGAGGAACAGAUCCGAUCCGUGGCCGUCCAGUUCGGCAUUUUCCUCAAAAUGAAUGCAAUCUGUCCGUACAACGACUCGCUUAAGGAUUAUCUAAUGGUACUCAUCGGUCUGGAAAAGGACAAGGUGAACGCUGGUGGUAACGAUAAAACACUGAACAGUUUGAAGGCAAUGCUGGAUAAAUAUACGCAAGAAGUGAAAGUAUUGGAGCGAUCAGUAUUGGAGCAAUCAAUAUUGGAGCAAUCGAUGGCUAGCGGUGAACAUGUGUCAGUGCUUUGCCCUGAUGAUAUCAAUAAACUGGUCCAAUCCCUCUACAAGCUUAAGGAGAACGGCAAACAAAUUCAGGAUAAUAUGAAUCUGUGUUCGGCAUCGAAAGCCCGCAUGCAGUCCACGUACACAGAGACUUAUUACAACGCCCGACAAUAUAAACGGUCAGGCAUUACAACACCCGGUUACAGGAGUGGUGGCUAUAACGAGUCAGACAAAUCGGUUAAGCAGGCAAGGUCCAUUUUUAAACCGUGGAAAUGGUAA